AUGCCGUCAAAUAAUAACUUCAUAAUAUCGUUGAGUUUGAAGGUCCACCUGAUAAGAGACGACCCAAUCGGAGGAUUAUCGAUAGAAAACAACAGACUAGUCAUCAGAGGAUUAAGGAGGCAUCACUCCACUGUGUACCGGUGUCGAGCACGGAACUCUGAGGGAAGUGCACUCAGUGACCCGCUCACUCUGAAUGUUUUGUCACGACCAGAAUGUGCAUCUGGCAAUGUUGUCCAGCAAUUAGCUGGUGCACCAGGUGGCGAAGUCAGAGCACGAUGCUCAGUGACUGCUCCAGCGAGCCGAGACGCUGGACCUCUUAGAUUCUACUGGACUUACAAUGGAACCAAAGAUGUAUUACCGAUCCCAGCAGCCAACGUGACUGUGAUGGGUUCCACCAGCACAGUGAUCCAUGGUCUGCACUCCGAUGUGGAUGAGGAUUUGGGCUGGUUGGCGUGUUGGGCCAGCAAUGAUGUUGGGAACCAGCGGGAGCCUUGUCUGUUCAGGAUCUUACCGGCAGCGCUCCCCGAACCACCAAGCAACUGCGAGAUAGAGAACGAGCUGCUCCACUGCGAACCAGGUCAUGACGGUGGUCUUCCUCAGCGGUUCCUUCUAGAAGCUUUGGAGGUACGGCAUCGCGCUGAAACUGCGCGAGAAGACAAUGAGAUCUCCACGAUGAACGAUCAGGGAAUAUCUGCCUUUGGAUUAACUGAAGCUGUGUACCGCGUGAGAAACGACAAGCCUCAAUUCGCUCUAGACGCUUUGUCUCCUGGAAAGUAUACAUUGCUGGUUUACGCUGAAACUCCUCGUGGAAGAUCACAAAGACCUGCAGCAUUGCACAGCGUACAAAUACGCACUGCCGACGAUUUGGAUCGGCCUGGAUCUUUACAAACGAUGACACCAGCGCCACCUCCUCAACCACCAGCCCCUGACAACAGCGUGGCACUGCUGGUGGGAGCUGCACUAUCUCUGGUGCUCCUGACUAUCCUCACAACUCUGUGUGUAGCUAUGAUUGUCAUGUGCAAGAAGAAAAGUAGACCAAGGGAUCCAGAACAAAGGUUCGGUUUGGAAAUGUGGGAGAGCCCUGCUUCAGCACGAAUGGAUUUAUGUGAUAUGGCACCGAGCUAG